AUGGCGACGCUCGCGGAAAACCCGGUUGUCGCUCAGACGUCUUAUGAUCAAGACCUCGACUCGUUCCUCAACCUGGACCAGCUGGGCUACACCCCUUCAGAGCCAGCACGAUCAAAAAUCGGCCUGCCAACAUCGCAUCCUGCUCUUCCUAGCUCAGAAUAUGUUUCCAGCGACGCAAGAAGUUCCAGCUUUGCCUCAUCCAGUCAAUCACCCGUCGCUUUUCCGGCCCCUAGCCAUCAAUAUGAAGAACACAAGCAACAGACAGGCAUUCCGCCUGGUGCCUUGGCUCAAGCUAUCCCUUUCAACCAAGUGAUGCCCUUUGGCGCUACAAACCCUGGCUUCGCCGUGAAUGGCGACAUGUUUCAACCUCAGAUUAAGCGCGAUGAAGCGCCCCUGGAUUUCAACUCUACCCCAACCCGGAACAUUUCUGAGAUGGACCUCGAGUCAGACAGCAUCAUGGCUACGGUUCCCGGUUUUUAUGUCUCGCAAAAUUCAACCAAUAACCAAUUUGUGGACCCGAAUGCUUUGGGAGGACAGGAAGUUGUUCCCAUGGGUUCCUCCACACAAGUCGGACGCAUGUAUCCUGGCAUGCACCAGCAAGCUGCCAUGGCCAAAGCCGCUCAACAGCAGAGACAGAAUGAGCUGUUGCGUCAACAGCAACAGCAGCAACAACAACAACAACAACAACAACAACAACAACAGCAGCAGCAGCAGCAGCAGCAACAGCAACAGCAACAAAUUCACCACCCACAUGCCCCAAAUGCAUCAGUCGAUGAACGUAUCUCACGCCUUCUACAGCAGAUGAAAUCUGCGUCUGUGACGCCCUCAGAUUCUUCCCCAUCGCCGUCUGCUGCACCAUUGACAAGAACCAAGAAAGAUGAGCAAGAUAUGGAUGAGGAUGAGAGGCUCCUCGCCAGUGAGGAAGGCAAGAAACUGAGCAGCAAGGAGCGCCGGCAGCUCCGCAACAAGGUUUCAGCACGUGCUUUUCGAUCUCGAAGGAAAGAAUACAUCGGACAGCUGGAGAACGAGGUCGCCCAGAAGACCAACGAAGCUCACGAACUGCGCCAGCAGAAUCGUGCUCUUUGCGACGAAAAUGCUCGUCUGACGGACUUGGUUCGUCAGCUGCUAUCGUCCCCCAGCUUUUCGCACUAUUUGGAUGAGCAGCCAAACGUUAAUGGUCUCCCCAGUGCUCAAGUGCCAUUGCCUCACCUGCCGCAGCAAUCGCAGAACUCAACUAUCCCGCAAUCCGCGCUUCAGCAAUCAAACCCUGUCAAAGAGCAAACUCCCAACCACGGACAGCAAGGAUAUCAAAUGCAACAGCAAAACUCCCAAAUGGGAAUGAUGAUGGUUCCGAGCCAGGGGAUUGAUGUCUCUGCAAUGAACAUGAACAAUGGUGGCUGGAAUUCUGGGAUCGACUUCAAUCCCUCCGUGUUUGCUGUUCUGGAAGUCCCUGAGCCUCCCGUACUAGAUUUCGACACUCUUUCCGGUAAACCGUCUGGGCUCGAAGGGAUCAGUUUCACCGACGUUUCUAGCAAAAGGGACGCUUCAUUCCUCUCAUUCUCUCCCCAUGAAGAACAAACGGCUGUGGACGCUGGGGAGGUGAACGUUGAUGUUGAUGAAUCCGACCCGGUUCUUGCACUGUUCGCCGACCAGCCACGAAGAUCCGUGUCGACUAUCGCACAAGAUCCAUCCUUAGAUGGUAUUGAGGUCGGAAAGGCUUCUAACUACGAGCUUGUUGUCGAAAGUGACUUUGAGGCCGCUGCCAGUCGGCUUGCCUACCUUUGCAAAACUCCCGCAGCCUCGAUAGUCCGCUCCCUCAAGCCCUCCGAGAAAGACAAUUCGAAACAUUAUACGAAGAAGCAAAAGCGAUCUUUCGUCUACAAUACAUCACCUAUUCUGGAACCACCCCAAAUUCCAAAAAUCGGAAUUACGCAAAUGAAGUUCUACUAUCAGAUCUUGACGACGCCGACGGCUGAUACCCCAGGCUCGGCGCUUCUCCUGCAUUUCCCAGGGAAACGUUAUCUUUUCGGCCAAAUUGCAGAGGGGUUCCAACGAGCAUGUACGGAACGAGGGACAAAGUUGACGGACGUGUCUGAUGUUUUCCUGUCGGGUCGGAUGGGAUGGGACACAACUGGAGGCUUGAUUGGCAUGAUUCUUACGAAGGCCGAUGCUCGCGCCAGUUCAAAGGAGGCUCUGGAAGCCCUCGAGCGCGAAAAGGAGGCGAAUCGACAGAAGCGAGGGUGGACCAAGAAAGAUACGAAACAAACGCCGGCCAACGCAGAGCUCGAAGAUCCGCAGCACGACUUGACUGUCCACGGUUCAAAGAAUCUUGCUCAUACCCUGGCUACUGCGCGGAGGUUUGUCUUCAGACAAGGUUUGCCCGUGCAUACGAAGGAGUACGACGCGGAAAGUGUUGCAAAGAGGCUGCGCACUGAUCAAAGCGACCCCUUUGAAGUGCCGACUUUCUCGGAUGAAAACAUCAAGGUCUGGACCAUGCCUAUCAGCCCGUCUUCUACUACACCACGUUCGCAAAGCCCUAAAAAGAGGAGUCUUGACGAAUUUCGCGAAGAUGUGCGGGGUUUAGUGGAGGUGGACCAGCAAUCCAAGGAUCAAUUGGUGCGGCAGUCUGUUGUGUCUCAUAUGUUUGACUCAACUUGGACUCUGGAUGCAUUGGAGGAAACCCGUCUUGCCGACGUCAAAAUGCCAGCGCAAAUCUUUGUACGAAAUCCGGAGACCAAGGACCUGGACAAGUACACAGGCCCGCUUCCUGGAGGAGAUGAGGAGGUUCCUGAGAUGACCGUUCUUGUCCGUAAACCCUGGCCCGGCGCGUCGAUCAGCAAGAUCCCAACAACCACACCAUGCGUUGAGAGUCUAUGUUACAUCAUCAAGAACCACGACCUCCGCGGAAAGUUUGAUGCUAAGAAGGCAAUCGCUCUGAAUGUCAAGCCUGGCCCUGACUUUGGUGCUCUGACAAGGGGUGAAACUGUCAAGGCUACUGAUGGAACGAUGGUGACACCUGAAAUGGUGUUGGAGCCUACAAAGCCUGGCAAAGGACUGGCAGUAAUGGACCUCCCGACUUCGGAUUAUGUCGAGAGCCUGCUAAACCGGCCCGAAUGGAAGUCCCCCUCAGUUGCAAGCAAUUUGGCAGCUUUCUUUUGGAUCCUGGGUCCUGGUGUCGGGGAACACCCUCGGCUUCGGGAAUUCGUCGCUUCAAUGCCGAACUGCAAACACAUCGUCUCGAGCACGGAUUAUUGCCCGAACUAUCUGACCAUGCAGAGUGUUGCCGGGUCGGCCAUUCGCAUGGCCCGGAUAAGGCCUGAUAAUUACCUAGUCCCUAUACACGACAACAACAGUGUUCCACAAACGCAAUCCAGUCUGGAAGAUCGCAUGGCCGUGGAUAGCCAAAACCAUUCAUUCGAACGAGCCGAGCCCGGACUCAUCGUUAGUAUGGAGCCCGAGUUCAAGAUAAACUCAGAUGAAGUACCGCGACGACUGAACGCAGGUAGCAUCCUGACAAAGAUGCCGCAGUCUGCUGUAAGGCGGGCUCGACUAGUUACCAAGAGGCUGCAACAUCCGCUACGCCAGGAGAAGAUUCAGCAAUUUGUGAGCGACAUUCCUGGUGCCGAUGCGGAGAUCAUCACGCUCGGAACGGGAUCUUCUGCACCUUCAAAAUAUCGGAAUGUUUCCAGCACCCUGGUUCAUGUUCCAGGUCGGGGAUAUUAUCUAUUUGAUUGUGGCGAGGGCACGCUUGGUCAGCUUAAGCGCAUGUUCAGCCCUGAGCAGCUGCGUGAAGUUCUUCAAAACCUGCGGCUAAUCUGGAUUAGCCAUCUCCAUGCGGACCACCACCUUGGUACAGUCUCUGUUAUAAAGGCUUGGUACCAGGAAAACUAUCCCAGCGGAGUUGCACAGCUGAGCGAGCCUGAAAAAGACAUAGGGAAGAUCCUGGAGGAGAAGCGUUUGUUUGUCGUAUCUGAUCUCAUGAUGAUUGAGUGGUUGGAGGAAUAUGCUGGUGUUGAAGAUUUUGGUUUCGCCAAGCUCACGCCUCUAUCUGCCUAUCUAUACAGGACUGGCGACGAGGGGAUGAAAUGGUCAUUCAAAUACCGCCACUGCCGUGCCGACGGCUCUUAUCGUGGGCGGGAAGUUGAACACAUAAAACCGGAACAAAGUGAACUGAAAUUUAACUGCAAAGGAUCACCAGGAGAGGAGCUAAGCGCCAAGCUUCGCAAAGCCACGGGUCUGUCCGAUAUUCUAACGGCAUACGUCUCCCAUUGCCGUGGUGCAAUGGCAGUCUCACUCAUCUUCCCUGAUGGCUUCAAAGUCUCCUUCUCAGGUGACUGCCGGCCAUCGCCUACGUUUGUGACUAUUGGACAGGACUCUACCGUCCUUAUCCACGAAGCCACAUUUAGCGAUGACAUGGUCGGCUCCGCUCUCGCAAAAAAACAUUCCACCGCCCAAGAAGCUAUUGAAGUAGGCCGCAAAAUGCGCGCUCGCACUAUCCUCCUCACCCACUUCAGCCAGCGCUACCAAAAAAUCGCCCACUUCAAUCAGCCCAAGGAACUCGUCCAGGACAAGUCAGUCACAGCCCGUGACUUCAGGGCACACAAAAGUAUCAGGCGCAAGCAAGAAACAGCAGCAGCCGAAGCAGCAUCCACAGAUAUUCCCUUCAAGAACGACAUUGAUGCGCAGGAGAACAUUGCCCUUGAUGAACCUGCGGCCUUGAACCCCGACGCCACGGAGUCGUUAGAACUAUCUGAGCCUUCAGAGCUUCCAGAACCCGAUGCCCCACCACGUCCCAUCGUCCCCAUAAUUGCAGCAUUUGACCACAUGCGCGUCCGCGUCCGCGAUAUGUACACACUCGAACAAUAUGCACCUGCCGUUGAGCGCCUCUUCGAUAUCAUCGAGCGCGCCUCCAAACUCGAACAGAACCAAGCGCGAGAAAAGCGACGGCGUGAGGUCGAGGAAAACGAGAAACGGAAGGAGUUUAGGCGGGAGAACAAGUUUAAAACAAAGCAGGAGCAGAUGAGCCAGGAGCAAAGGGAAAUGGCAAAGGCGGAGAAGGAAGCCCGCGUGUCUGAUAGGUCUUCUUCUCAGUCUCGGCCUCAAUCUCCUGAUGCCAAGGUCUCCAUCUGGGAUGCCCCGGAGAGUGAGAGUGGGUGGAGUUCGGAUGAGUCUGGAAAGGAUGCAUAA